UCUUUCUUACUUAGUAUUUCUACCUCCCACUUCCUUUCUUGUUCUUUACCAAGUCUUGCUGUCUCCCUCUUCUCCUUUUUUUCUGUUUAUCAGUCUGUUUUGCUCUCUCUCUCUCUUACUCUUUCUUUCCGCCUCAACCCAUCUCUUUCUAACUUACCUUUUCUCUCACUCUCUUACCUCAUUCUUUAGUAGUUCUCCCUAGCACUCUUCCUCUCGCUGUUUAGCUUAGUCUUUCGUUCAUCCCAACUCCCCCUCUCUUGUCCGGCCUGUAUCGCUGUCUUUUCCAUUUCUGAGUUUUCACGUUUGCCUAGGAUAAGUUUUUUUUUAUAUGCUGUCUCAUCUGGAUGUUUCGCCUAGGACGGGAGUGAUAUAUUAUUACAUUGGAGGAAGCAGUAUUGGGCAGAGUUGUUGUUUUGGGCAGACAUAAUAACACACUAGCCUCGAUAUUUUAUGGUGUCUAGAUCAAUGGUUUGCUGGUCUAAAUUCAAAUCAAACUGCUGUAAGCUUCAGCUAUCAUCAUCAUCAUCUGAUUGGGUUCCGGUUGUUAACAUAACAAAAAUAUUUGCAGUUCAAAUCAAUCAGCUUCAUCCACCACUGCUUUGCAAGGAGAGACUUUUGAGUGUAUAAAUCAAAAAAAAAAAAAAAAAAAAAAAUUCCAUCAUGAUAAUGACAGAUGCCAUGGAGGGACUACUCAAAAUGGCUGUAAAUGCCAGUGAGAGCCUUCAAACACACAGGGAGUUAACCAACCUGGAGGGUACUACAGACACUGCUGGUGGCGGAAGUGGCUCUGUCUACAAUGAUCUUGAAGAAUUUGAGAAGAGUAUACAUAAUAGCUUUAAUAUGUUGAUGGAGUACCGUGAUGCACCUCCCAGCCCUUCAACAUCAAGUGUCACUUCAGUAUCAGCAUCUGGUUUGGAUGCUCUCAGUUCUCCUACUACCCCAGCUUCUCCUGUACCUGAAGAAAUGGAUGAUGAACGUCUUCCAAAUGAACUGCUGGAGGAGAUAUGCGAGGAUAUGGGCAUAAAGGACAGUAUGGAUAUUGAUUUAAUUGACUACAUGAUGGACCAGACAUCACAGAUGAACAACACACAAACAAAUGAAAACUACUGCAACUCUGUAGAUAUUACUCAUCAAAUGCAUAGAACACCAGAUAUGGGAAUGGGGAUGAAAGGUCCAAUGAUGCCAAACUUAUCAAUGCCAAUGGGUAAAGAGAACAUUCAGCAUAUGAGUAGCCCUCAUUAUCCGCUCAUGAACAACGUGUCUUCUUCACUGCCCCGUCAUAUGUCUGGGAAACCAAUGCAUCAUGGUAAAUCUUCCCAGUCUUACGUUGGUAAAGCAAUCAGUGCACCUCUUCACAUGCAGUCAGAGCAAGGGUUCAAAGCUCCUUGCGCUCCAACACAACUAACCUCAUCAGUUCCAUCAAAUUCCACCAAUAAACACAGUAACUAUCACCCAAUGCCUCAAAGUCAACAACAAACCACUCCCACCAACUGCAUGCAUUCCUCCUACAUGUCAUCAUCUAUGACUCAUAGCUGUUGUGGUGGCUCUCAUCAACAUCAUCCACAUUGCUCUACACCUUCAUCGGGAGAAAAUUCUAACUUUCAUACUCGAACAGUAACCUUUGCUGAAGGCCCACCCAAAAUUAUGAACCAUAACCCCACAUCUUCAAAAUACAAUAUGGUGGGUAUUGGCAGCAGUAAUGAUGUACACCACCAUAACAGUAAUAACAACAACAAUAACUGUCCUCAAUCUCAGAAUCACGGACAUGCUCCUCCUGGGAAACCUGAAAUGUAUCGUCAACAUAACUCAGCCUACGCUUUACAGCCUCAGAACAAAUAUGGCCGUCCCUCACCCCCUGUGGUCAAUGUCCAAAAUAUGCAACACCACAUGAAAAUGUCAAACAAUCAUCACAACUUCAAUAACACUGCAAAACUAUCACAUGCAGAUUGUUUGCACCAGCCAAUGCGUCCUAUGUCGAACUGCAGCUUUAAGUAUGAUGACCAGCAGUUGGCUGCUUUACAAAAGGGUAACAAUGGUAGAACUUUAGAGUCACCCCUUGAUCAGGGCUACUUCUCUGGAGAUGCAGCAAGUGUGAAAAGUUACAGUUCCCAGUCUUCGGUAUGCCAAAGUAACGACAUGUUGUCAUCACAAGAUAGCUUGACCAUCAAAACAGAGCCUUCCCAGCAGCAUCACCACCCACAGCAAAUGAUGUAUAACAGGUCGGACAUGGCCGGACAAUCAGUUGUGAAGACUGAAAACAUGAUGAUGUCUGGUGCCGCAAUGAACCAAAAUCAAAGAGAACAUCUUUCUAACAUGAAGCAAUAUUCUUCCCAGCAACAAGCUAAUGCAUAUGCUUCCUGCAACAAACAAUCAUCUCAUCAAGGUUGUAUACAGCAAUAUGGGUUUAAUAUGUCUACAAAUAUGUCAACAUGUUCAUCAGAUCCAUCACAGAAAUCAGUUCAAUCUAAAAUACUUCCACGACUCAAUCAUAGCAAAGAUGUGGCUCCCUACACAGUGCCUAGUAACAAUGGGCAGGCCACAAUUAAUCCUUAUCAUGAAUUUUCUCAAGGUGUACCCACUUCUGAUCAAUCUGGUUUGGACAAUAAUAAUGCAGUUGUAGACUUUCCCACCAACUUUGGAAAAGAAUCUCUGAAUUCUGAACAUAAUCAGAACCCUUGCCAAAGAGUUGGUAACUAUGGCAGCUCAGAUUAUACUGGUCAACCCAAUGGAAGUUGUAUCAUGACAAACUCUGACUUUCCUCCAUCUAAUUCUCACUCCUCUAACAUCCCACCUCAGCCCUCCCCUAAUACUUCUUUCACUAAUUACAGAUCGCAAGGUAGUGAAAUGGGUCAGGCAAUGCAACAAACAAUGGCCCAUUCAGGACCGGCUUAUCAGAGUGCCUGUUUACCAAAAGGGUUGGAAGCUAACCAGCAUUUGCAACAUAACGCGGAGCAUGUUGGGGGUUACCCUGGGAUGCCUAACCAGUUAGCACCAAUUAUGAAACCAUUUAAACAAGACCCUGAUAGUCAAGGGUAUAGUGCUCAAAAACAACCCUAUAUGCAUGAUGCUCACAUGACAUCACAGAAUCAACUGCCAGCACAAUCGUGGUCACAGCAACAACAUCAUCAGCAACAGCAACAACAGCAGCAGCAGCAGCAACAGUUACAUCAGCAACAAGGAUACCCUCCUAUGAAUAUGAACAAUUCUUUACAAAUGCAUCAUUCAAAUUCACGCUAUAUGUGCCCCCGGAGUGCAGUCCGGCCGCCGUCACAGUGUGUCCAAUCAUCUGUACCACCUCAUUCCAUUUCAAACCCCAACAUGUCACACAUGGAAAUUAGAAACAGAGUAGGGAUGGAUCUUCCAUCUAACCAUUUAGGUCCUCACCAUCAUCCAAACAUGCUGAACGGCAAUAUGCCACCACAGGCAUGUCCCCAGGGUAAUUGGCCAGUAGAUAUGGGGAGAGGGGCAAAUGUUAAUCAUCAAGUUCCGCAGCCUGUAAAUUCAAUGCAACCUGUACAAAUGGUGCCUCAGGCCAAAAUUCCUAAUGCUGGACUUCAACAUAUGCAGUUUCCUCCGCAUUCUGGAGAUCCAAACUGUCAAAUGGGGGUUUCUACAAACUGUAAGUUUUCUCACCGUCCACCAAUGCUGUCUUCGCAAGAAGCAUUUAUUGAACAUCUCAUCAUGGACAAAUCUAGUGCUUACCGCUCUCAUCCCCUCUUCCCACUGCUCCGGGAUUUGAUGAUUACUUACAUGAACUUCAACUCCCAAUCCAUCCAUUACCAACUAAUCCAGCAUUUACCAAGUCAGUUUGAACGCUUACUUCAAAACUUCUUAAACCGAAACCCACCUCGGGGAGAUUACCAAAGCAACUACGCUGUUGAAAGUGUUAUCAUGGAUGCACUUCGAUAUGCACACAGUUCUCUCAUUGAAAAAAUUCGAAGUAAGCAGGAGCAAGAUAAACGUAUCAAAGGAGCAUCACAGUCCAUAACUGCUAUAGAAGAAUUCUGUGAAAAAUUUGACCGAUCAAAACAUAAUGCUUCAAUGGAUCCUGGAGCUUGUAUCCAUGGUAAUUCAGCUAGUAGUGGUCAACCAUGUGGUAACCAGGUUUUCUGCAGAAAUGCUUUCUUGACAGACCCAACAAAAGGCCCUCGUUUACCUUUAGAGGUUUUAAAAGAGCAACCAGACAGCAUGAGUGACACUGGUAGUGUUGUAAGCAGUAGCAGUAACCAUAGUGCCAAAUCAGAAUCAAAGAAACAUCCUAGUUUGCCUAAAGAGGCUGUGGCAAUAAUGCUAGAAUGGCUACGAAAUCAUAAAGAUAACCCUUAUCCCAAUGAUGACGAGAAGGCCAUGCUUAUAAAGCAAACCGGUCUGACUAUCAAUCAGAUCAACUACUGGUUCACCAAUGCACGACGAAGGAUUUUACCAAAGUGGGCUCAAGCACAGGCUCAGGCGCAAGCACAGGCUCGGUCUACCACACCCACCAAUAACCAGCUUUCUGUUCAGACAGGACAGCAGCAGCCACAACAACAACAGCAGCAGCAACAGCAACAACAACAACAGCAACAGCAACACCAGCAACAAACUGAAUUAAUGUCAACAACUGCUCAGCACUCACCGAAUUCUCCAAUCAUUACAUCAAGCACAUUUAUUGGUGCUUCUUCCAUUAGUGGAGCUGGUUCAAACUUUACCAGUUGUUCAAAUAAUAAUAAUAACAAUAACAAUAGUAGUAAUAACAAUAAUAAUGAUAAUAAUAACACCAACAAUAAUAACACAAGUAGUAGUGGCAGUUGUACUAUUAUUAGUAGUAGUAGUAGUAGUAGUAGUAGUAGUAGUAGCAGUAAUAGUGGAGGUAGUAAUAAUAAUAGUAACAACUGUAAUAAUGACAAUCCAAGCCCUCAUCUCUCGCCAUCAUCGUCAUCAUCUUCGUCACAGCAAUCACAUCAGCUUCCUUCACAGAGUUCCUCAAAUGUAAUCAGCGCCCACAGUAGCACACCACCUCCCACUUCUUCAGCCAGACAGAGCCCAGUUUCUAGAUUAUCUGAACAUUUGACCGAAGCAAAUGAAUCUCCAUCUUCAUCGUCAGUGAGAUCUGGCUUGACUCUGAAACACUAACAAUUUUUCCAAAGCUAUAAAACUAAAAGCCAAAGCUAUUUGAGCGUUUUUCUGUUUUAUAUCUAUCUCAUUCACCUCUCAGGUCUUUUGGAAUAAUAAUAAUAAUAUUAAUUAUAAUUAUAAUAAUAAUAAUAAUAAUGAUGAUAAUAAUAAUGAUGAUGAUGAUGAUAAUAAUGUGCCUUUGAAA